AUGAGGAUUGGAAGAUUUGAGACAGUGGCUCUGACACAUGAAUAUAGCACCAUGAUACAAGAGAACAUCCUAGCAAAGAUGAAAAAUCCUGAGAGUUUCACCAUUCCUCGCUCCAUUGAAGGUGUUGACAUAGGGCAAACUCUAUACGAUCUAGGGGCUAGCAUAAAUUUGAUGCCCAUAUUUGUCUUCAAGAAGUUAGGAAUUGGAGAAAUGAGACCAACCAUAGUGACAUUACAAAUGGUGGAUCAUCGAGAUGUGCCCAUCAUUUUGGGCAAACCAUUCCUAUCCAGUGGGUGGACGCAAAUUGACGAGCAUGAGGAAGACGAUUGGCCAUGUGAAACAAAUCUUGAAGGUGAUAUUGAAGAUGAAGAAAGUGAAGUCGACAUAAAGCUCUCUGACACAUGUUAUGCGGUGAAAGUAAUUCAGAUGGACUUUGAGCCUCUGGACUUAGGUGACUGA